AUGCCCUAUGGGUCUGUCCCAGUGCUGGAAAUAGACGGCAAGCAAUUGGCUGGAAGUGGCAGCAUUCAACGCUACUUAGCAGAGAAGUUUGGUCUGGCUGGCUCGAAUGAUUUCGAGAAUGCACAGUUGGACAGCAUAAUAGGUGUUUGUAAUGACCUUGAAAUAGAGCUGAUAAAAUACUUCUUUGAAAAGGACGAAGAAAAAAGAGCUCAGAUCAAGAAGAAGAUGGAAGACGAACACCUUCCUAAGUAUCUGGGCAUUUUUGAAAGGCUCAUAAAAACCAACGAUUCUGCACAAGGAUGGGCGUUUGGUCUUAAUGUUACUUACGCUGAUUUUGCCAUCUACAACUACUUUUCUUUCAUCCAAAUGGGCUUUGAUGGAUUCCUUGACAAGUACCCUCAUGUUAAAAAAAACAGGGCAGCCGUUGAAGCUCUCCCAAAUAUUGCCAGGUGGCUGAAAGAGCGACCGGAGAGUUCAUACUGA